AUGCUUGGACUUGACAACAAGCAUGGUGUGAUGAUGAAGAGAAAAGGGAAGAGCAAAAGGGGUGAGAAGAAGGAUGUUAAAGUGACAUAUAUCUCAAGCCCUAUGAAGGUGAAGACUAGUGCUUCAAACUUCAGAGCCCUUGUGCAAGAACUCACAGGCCAAUUCUCCAAUGUUGCUGAAAUGUUUGUGGAAGCUGAUUAUUCUUACGAUUAUGAUCAUGGUCUUCUUCAUGAUGCUAAUCUUAAGAGCACAAACAUUCAACAAUGGAGUGAAACCUAUUCUCACCAUGACUCUAAUUCUUGGUUCAAUCAUUCUACCUCUUUCAUGGAACCACUAAAUGGACAACUUCAAUGUGAAUUCUUCAACUUUGAUAUGAUUUAG